UUUCCCCGUACAUUUUUGUCCUCGACCUCAAGACCCGCAAGAAUGGGAUUCACGGAGUAUCAAGUUAUUGGCCGUCACUUGCCCACUGAGGCUGAACCCACGCCCAAAAUCUAUCGCAUGCGCAUCUUUGCGCCGAAUGAGGUCGUUGCCAAGUCCCGGUUCUGGUAUUUCCUCCGUCAACUCAAAAAAGUGAAGAAGGCGUCCGGUGAAAUCAUCGGCGUCAAUACCAUCCACGAGAAGAAGCCGCUCAAGGUCAAGAACUUUGGAAUCUGGCUCCGUUAUGAUUCGCGGUCCGGCACCCACAACAUGUACAAGGAGUUCCGUGAACUUUCUCGUGCCGAUGCUGUCAAGGCGAUGUACCAGGACAUGGCUGCUCGUCACCGUGCUCGUUUCCGGUCGAUCCACAUCCUCCGUGUGGUCGAGAUCGAGAAGACCGCCGACAUCCGCCGGCCGUACAUCAAGCAGCUGCUUACCCCCAAGCUGCGCUUCCCGUUGCCCCACCGUGUCACCAAGGCUCGUUCGACCUUCGUGGCCAAGCGUCCGACCACCUUCUAGUAGCGUUCUGGCUCCAUGUACUUUCUACUCUUAUGUCGAAUUUAUGCCUCAUGCUCGGUGACUCUGG